CCAGAACAGUUGAUCACUGGAAAGGAAGACGCAGCAAAUAAUUAUGCACGUGGCCACUACACCAUUGGCAAAGAGAAAAUUGACAUGGUGUUAGAUCGUAUCCGCAAGAUGGCUGAUUCCUGUUCUGGGCUGCAAGGAUUCCUCAUCUUCCACAGUUUUGGUGGAGGAACCGGCUCUGGCUUCACCUCCUUACUGAUGGAACGCCUCUCCGUGGAUUAUGGAAAGAAGUCCAAACUGGAGUUUGCCAUCUACCCAGCCCCUCAGGUCUCCACCGCUGUGGUGGAGCCCUACAAUUCCAUCUUGACCACACACACCACUCUGGAGCACUCAGACUGCACAUUUAUGGUGGAUAAUGAGGCAAUUUAUGAUAUCUGCUGCCAAAACCUAGACAUUGAGCGUCCCACUUACACUAACCUCAAC